AGCACCGAUGGGGAAGCGGGGAGCGAUUAGAACCGCAGAAGGGUCCUCUGCCCCGGGCACAGGCAGGGGGAAGCGGGGAGCGAUAAAGCCUUCCGGGUCUUCUGGUUCUGGUUCUGGUGCAGGACGGGGGAAGCUUCGACAUGAAAAGAAGAAAACGAAUAGUAAACCAAAGGACCUGGAUACCCAGGAAAUCCCUUUCAAGCUUCGAGAGAUCAUGAAAAGCCGCAAGGAGAUGAACAAUCCAAAGAAAAGGAACAAAAAGAAAAAACACACAAAGCCUCAAGGUCCAGACAAUGAAGAGCUACAGACGGACAUCAAGGUCCCAACGUUCAAGCGUAAAAUGAAUGAAUCUGAAUGCUCCUAUCUAAAUCGCAUGAACCGAGAAACCCAGCACGUCAUGUUCCUCAGCAAGAACCAGGAGGAUCGGAUGCCGGAGAAGGAGCUGGAUGAGAAGGGGGAACCGGUGAAAGAGGACGGCAAGAAAGAGAAGUCACAGAAGAAGAAAGACUUUGACCGAAGGCGACUUGAUAAAUUCUUAAAGAAGAAAGAGGACAAGAAAGAGAUUCGCUUGGAAAAAGACUUGUUCACAGAUAAAGUAAUGUUUGGGGAAGUGGUAUUGGAGCCUCCAUCUCUUACAGUAAAGCCGAGGAAGAGCGGAGCGGAAACUAAGCCGGGCGAGAAGAAACUCCUCUUGAAAAGCAUCUUGGACAAAUCCAGCACCACAGCGCCCCCACCUGCUAUGUCCUUAGCCAGAAAGAGACUAUUGGAGGAUGAACGGGAGCGCGUAGUCCAGGCUUACCGUGACCUUAAAAAGAGAAAGUUACUACAAAGCGAAGGCGCAAAAGUGUCUAAACCGCGCCAUACAUGACCUGUGACCUUAAAUGCAGACUUGCCCUACAGCAUUGAGAUCCUUACACCAGGAUGGGCCAUGAAUGGUUUCUGUUGGUUGGGUGCCAGGUUUAGUACCAGAUUAUUUUGCCCAUUGACCUUAGUACAGAUGUUUUUUAUGGACACAGCAAGAUGGCAGAUGGGUGGAGCAGAUCUUCUACUGGAGGUGACGCCCUGAUGGAACAAAGACUCUGUAGUCAAGUGUUGUCGAUAUAACUGAUGAGAGAAACUCCCCUUCAGUAGACAUCUUACUUUCUACCCCUUGUUAAUAUUGAGAAGUAGCUCCGUUUAACCCCUUAAUGACAAUUGACUUAAAUGUAUGUCGUGAUGAGAUGGGACUGAACGCACCAUGACGCCCAUUUACAUUUUGUAGCGCCGGACCGGUGCUCGCAUCAUGCAUGGCAGGUCCCGGCUGCUGUCAGCAGCCAGGGACCCGCCGGUAAUGGCGGACAUCAGCGAUCGCACUGAUGUCUGCCAUUAACCCCUCAUAUGCCGUGAUCAAUACAGAUCACGGCAUAUGCGGAAAUGCGGGCGUUUAAAUGGAUGAUCGAUCCAAUCAUCCAACAUGGCGGCCGGAGGUCCUCUUACCUUCUCCGGCCGUCAUCCCGGCGUCUCCUGCUCUGAUCUGAGAUCGAGUAGACCAGAGCAGAAGAUAGCCGAUAAUACUGAUCAGUGCUAUGCCUAUGCCUAGCACUGGACAGUAUUAGCAAUCUAAUGAGUGCUUUAAAUAGACCCCUAUGGGGGACUAUAAAAGUGUAAAAAAAAAUAAUAAUAAUUGUAAAAAAAAAUUGUGAAAAAGCCCCUCCCCAAUAAAAAUGUCCCCUUUUUCCAAUUUAUCCCCAAAAAAGCAUACAAAUAAAUAAUUAACAAACGGUUGCAUACGUUUUUUUUUUUUUUUUUAAUGAAACCGCAUGCUGAAACCGUAUAGCAAAAUCGUUUUGUGAAUCCACCCUUAUCAGGAUUCACUUGCUGUCUAUGCAAGCAUUCCGUUUAGUCUUGUACACUUGUUAUACUUCUCACAUACCAGCAGAGGGCAGCGGAGUCUCUGGCUUCUUAUAUAUCAGUUGCAUCAGGCUCAGUUUUUCUUUAUGCAAAACUAACCACAACUGAUAGCAGACGGGCAUUACUUGGCAUCAGGCUUUUUUUGUUGUUCCCUUUUCAAUGCAAAAAAACAUCAGUUGUUGUCGGUUUGUACUGUCGGUUUGUUUUGUAAAUAAAGAACACUUUUC